AUGCAAUUGAAGUCGAUUCAUUUGAUCAUUUUACUUGUCGCCCUGCUUUUUGUGCAAGAGAUCAAAGCCCAAUUCCUCUGUGAAGUAUUCAAUACAUGUACAUCUACCUCUGCUGCUCCCGGAGCAUCAUCUACAAAGGAACCAUCACCAUCAGCAACUUCCUCAGCUCCUGCUUCCUCUAGCUCAGCUCUUUUGCCAUCUUCCAGUUCAGUUGUACCUUCAUCCUCUUCCAUCAAGCCAUCCUCCUCAUCCAAACCUCCAGUAACAUCGUCAGCUUCUCCAACUUCAUCAUCUGUAGCACCUUCAUCCACCAGCUCUGAAAUUUCUUCAGUUGCCAGUACUUCCAUGUCAUCCACUACUCCAUCUGCAUCUGCCUCUGAAACUCCUACAAGUGACGAAUCGCCUGGUGGUAGUAACGUAGGCGUUAUUGUUGGAUCUGUGUGUGGUUUUGUGGCUAUCAUCGGCGCAGGAUUUGCCUACGCUUUCUUCUCCAAGACGAGACGAAACAACCGUCGCAACAAAAGACUUUACAGUGAGAAUGGCGACCCUUACGAACAUCCCAAUUCUUACCAACCUGAUCCUUUCAACAACACUCGUCCCUCUCCUGCCAUGGCUGCUUCUGCUAUUGCCGCAGCUGACGAUAUUCAUAAGCAUAAUAACAAUCAUGGACAAUGGGAAAUGGCAGAGCAACAGCCCUAUGGCUACAAUAAUGCCAUGAUGUCUCCUCAACCACCCAUGGCUACCGUUGCUAAGCAACAUGAUCCUUACUACAACUCUCCACAAAUGGGUUAUGGCGUAGAUCCCAACAACUACUACAAUGGACAAGCCUACUACGACCCUAAUGCUGGAUACCAACAACAGCAGCAUUACGAUUCCCAUUACGAUCAACACUACGCAGAACCUCAAUAUGACCCAUAUCAACAACAACAACAGCAUGCAUCAUCCGUCAUGAAUACCAAUGUUAUGGCUCCUCUUCCUACCAUGCCUCAGCAGACUGUAGCACCUACAUCCAACACAGCUACUGUUGUUACAACCAACUCCAAUGUGUAUCAAACACCUCACAGCUAUCCAGAGGACAAUCAAAAGACAUCAGCACCCACAACAGCACACAACGAAGGAUCGUACAGAUAA